CAUGGAGGCGAGGAGUACUGUCAACAUGGAUACUUAAUUUAAAUGAAAGAAAGGAGAACUGACUUGGACGCCAAAUAACAUGUUUCCUCCAGCACCGGCCAGCUGUCACUCAAUCUGCCUCCGACCAAUCGGAGCGGGCCUAAACUCCUCCCUCCCCGCAGAGUAUCGGAGGCUCGGUGGAGAGGAGAGUUCUCCGUCUUUCUGCUGGCCUCUCCGAGUCCAUCUGUAGCUCUCUCCUUCUGCUCCCUCUCGUAAUGCAGAGCUGCUCACUCAGCCCCAGAUCUACAAUGGAGAGAGGUGUAAUAUUGGCUGUGUGUCUGCUGUGCUGGAGCUGCAGCGUGUGUGUGGUUACAGCAAUCAAGAGAGCUGAUAUGUUUCCUUAUGGCACUUUGAGUGGAGAUUUGAUUUUGGCAGAGGGCGACGAUGAAACCUCCAGAGUGCUGUCCCUGCCCAAACCCUUAUACUUCUACGGUUCCCUCUUCUCCCAGCUUUAUGUGGCCACCAAUGGUAUCAUAUCAGGCCAGGACCUGCCGAUGGAAAAGCAGUACGUUGAUGACGGCUUCCCCACAGAUUUUCCCGUCGUGGCUCCGUUUCUGGCUGACAUCGACACCAGCAGAGGGCGUGGACAGAUUUAUUACAGAGUGACCGAAACGCCCAGUGUACUCAACAGAGUGGCCCAGGAAGUACAUCGAGGGUUCCCUGAUGCAAAAUUCACACCCACACAUGUUGUGGUUGCAACAUGGGAGAACGUUGCGGCAUACGAAGAACAAACUCGAACCGCUGGACCUUCAAACAAGGUCAACACGUUCCAGGCAGUAAUUGGUUAUGAUGAGACAGACUCUUACGUUCUCUUCCUCUACCCUGAAGAUGGCCUGAACUACUUUGGGACACGCCCCAAGGAGUCUUAUAAUGUUGAGAUAGAGCUUCCUGCUAGAGUUGGCUUCAGCAGAGGAGAAAUCACAUAUCUAAUCUUCUCCCGAACUGAGGGACCGCACUACAGUGUCACCAGCGAUGAGCAGAGUGUUAAAAACCUCUACCAGGUUGGUAAUACAGGAAUUCCAGGUGUUUGGCUUUUCCACACUGGGAACCGUUACUCUUUUGACAACAUUGUUCCUGCAUCCAUCGGUGGCCUCCUUGAUACUCCACCAACUGGAGGACACGGCCUCUCCCUGGAAAGCACCACCCCGGAGUAUGGUGACUUUGAGGAAUAUCCAGACAACACUUUUGACUCUGAUAACCAAGAGGAAGAAGAUGAUUACCCUCAUACAGGCGGGGACCCUGAAUUCCAGCCAGCCCCUGCUGGCGGUAACCCCUCAGAAUCCCUACAACCAGCAAGUCCUGAUGCUCCCUCUUCGCCUUCAGAGGAUUCUGGUCAUCAGCUGUCGUACGGCAGAGAAGAUGUGCCACUGACCUCUGAACCCAGGUACAAUUCAGAGCCAGCAGAGAGACAGUAUGGUCCGCCUAAUCCUCCAGAAAGAGUAUCAGAGGGAGAUGCUCAGCGGACUCCAAAACAGCAACCACAGGUUCCUCUGGAGGUGGUGGAUGGCUACCCCUCUCACAGAAAUGAGCCCCCUCUUUCCCCUGGAGGUCACGUGGUCAGGGUGGAGGAAGAGGAUGUUGAUUUUGACACAGGUGUGAUUCAGUACACUACAGAGAAUAAGGAAACAUGUGCCAGAUUCCAACAGCAGUGCUCUCAGAAUGCAUUUUGCUCUGACUACGCCACAGGCUUCUGCUGUCACUGCCGGCCUGGCUUCUAUGGAAACGGACGCUACUGUCUACCCGAGGGUGCUCCACAGCGUGUUAGCGGUAAAGUGAGUGGAACAGUGACCGUGGGUUCAACUCCAGUGGAGCUGAACAACAUUGAUCUGCACGCCUACAUCGUGGUGGGAGAUGGCAGAGCGUACACUGCCAUCAGCCAGGUACCCGAGCCAGUGGGCUGGGCUCUGAUGCCACUUGCACCAAUAGGAGAGCUGUUUGGAUGGUUAUUUGCUCUGGAGCUGCCCAAUAGCCAAGCAGGAUUUAAAAUCACAGGUGCUGAGUUCACUCGUCAUGCAGAGGUAAUCUUCUAUCCUGGCAACCAGCGCCUGUCAAUCAUUCAGACGGGCCGUGGCCUUGACGACCACAACCACCUCACUGUGGAUACUGUAGUUAGAGGCAACGUGCCCUUCCUGCCCCCUGGAGCUGAAGUUACCAUGGAUCCCUUCAAGGAGACCUACCAGUACUACCCAUCUGUUGCCACCUCCUCCUCUGUCAGGGAGUUUUCAGUCGUUUCGGCAGAGCGGGGCUCAGAGUCCUUCUCCUUCCAGCUGAAGCAGAACAUCACCUACCGCGACUGUCGACAUGACAACCGGGCCGCUGUCCUGGAGACGCUUCAGAUCACCAUGGAAAGGGUGUUUGUAAUGUACGUCAAGGAGGAGCGGAUCCUGAGAUACGCCAUCACCAACAAGAUCAGCCCAGUCGGAGUUGACUCAACAGGGCAGGAGCUGGUCAACCCCUGCUACGCUGGGAACCAUGACUGUGACACCACAGCCCAGUGUAUCCCACUGGAGGGCCAGGCCUUCCAGUGCCAGUGUGCUACUGGUUACAGAGGAGAUGGACGCAACUGUUACGACAUAGAUGAGUGUGAUGAGGGCUUGAGUUCAUGUGGUGCUCAUUCUCACUGUGUGAACCUGCCUGGUAGCCACCGCUGCCAGUGCCAGAGUGGCUAUGAGUUUGGAUUCGACGGGCGUACCUGUGUUGAUAUAGAUGAAUGCAGCUCCACUCCAUGUCACAUCAGUGCAAGAUGUAUCAAUGGACUGGGUUCCUUCCUGUGUCAGUGCCAGCCUGGGUUUUAUGGAGAUGGUUUCUACUGUUCCCAGACGGAAGGACAGACAGUUCGCCCAAGGAGCCAGUGUGCGCAACACAGAGACAGCCUGCAGAGUGGAAUGGAACAAGGUGGUCCACAGAGUCCCGGGGCCUUCAUCCCUCAGUGCGACUCUGAUGGAUGGUACCAACCAUUGCAGUGUCACGGCUCCACUGGACAUUGUUGGUGUGUGGACAUUAGGGGACAGGAGAGAACAGGAACCAGGACACCACCUGGUACAGCACCCAAAGACUGUGACAGACCAGAUGAACCAGUGCGUCCUAAAACUCACUGUGAGCACCACAGAGACAGUGUCCAGACCACCAGUCCAGAGGGAUAUCCUAUAGUUGGAGCCUAUGUACCCCAGUGUGACGCUAAUGGACAGUACACAUCUUUGCAGUGCCAUGGUUCCACUGGAUAUUGUUGGUGUGUGGACGGUUAUGGACAGGAGAGGGACGGAACCAGAACACCACCUGGUACAACACCCACAGAUUGUGGCAAACCAGAUGAACCAGAACGUCCUAAAACUCACUGUGAGCACCACAGAGACAGAGUACAAACUACCAGUCCAGAUGGAUAUCCUGUUGUUGGAGCCUAUGUACCCCAGUGUGAUGCUAAUGGACAGUACAGAUCAUUACAAUGCCAUGGUUCCACUGGCCGUUGUUGGUGUGUGGAUGGAAGGGGACAGGAGCGAGCAGGAACCAGGACUCCACCUGGUACACCGUCUGUAGACUGUGACAGACCAGGUGAACCAGAGCGUCCUAAAACUUACUGUGAACACCAUAGAGACGGAGUACAGACCACCAGCCCUGAGGGAUAUCCUGUAGUUGGAGCCUAUGUACCCCAGUGUGACACUAAUGGACAGUACACACCACUGCAGUGCCAUAGCUUUACUGGAAAUUGCUGGUGUGUGGACAGUAGGGGACAAGAAAUAGCAGGAACCAGGACAUCACCUGGUGCACCACGAACAGACUGUGACAAAGCAGAUGAACCGGAGCGUCCUAAAACUCACUGCGAGCACCACAGAGAAAGAGCUCAGACCACCAGCCCUGAGGGAUAUCCUAUAGUUGGAGCCUAUGUACCCCAGUGUGAUGCAGAUGGACAGUACACAUCAUUGCAGUGUCACGGCUCCACUGGCCAUUGUUGGUGCGUGGACGGUAGGGGACAGGAGAGAGCAGGAACCAGGACUCCACCUGGUACACCGUCUGUAGACUGUAACAGACCAGGUAAAGAAAAGGAUGAACCAGAGCGUCCUAAAACCUACUGUGAGCAGCACAGAGACAGUGUACAGACUACCAGUCCAGAGGGAUAUCCUAUACGAGGAGUCUUCGUACCUCAGUGUGAUUCGAAUGGACAAUACACAUCCCAACAGUGUCAUGGCUCCACUGGCCAUUGUUGGUGUGUGGAUGGUACGGGACAGGAGAGAGCAGGAACCAGGACUCCACCUGGUACACCGUCUGUAGACUGUGACAGACCAGUUGAACUAGAGCGUCCUAAAACUCACUGUGAGCACCACAGAGACGGUGUACAGACCACCAGCCCUGAGGGAUAUCCUAUAGUUGGAGCCUAUGUACCCCAGUGUGACGCUAAUGGACAGUACACACCACUGCAGUGUCAUGGCUCCACUGGACAUUGUUGGUGUGUGGACAGUAGGGGACAGGAGAGAGCCGGAACCAGGACUCCGCCUGGAACACAACACAAAGACUGUGAUAGACCAGAUGAACCAGAGCGCCCUAAAACUCACUGUGAGCACCACAGAGACAAAGUCCAGACCACCAGUCCAGAGGGACAUCCUAUAGUUGGAGCCUAUGUACCCCAGUGUGAUGCAGAAGGACAGUACCUACCUCAACAGUGCCAUGGUUCCACUGGCCAUUGUUGGUGUGUGGAUGGAAGGGGACAGGAGAGAGCAGGAACCAGGGCUCCACCUGGUACACCGUCUGUAGACUGUGACAGACCAGUCCCUGUUGCUCCAAUCCAGCGCCCUGAGAGUGUGUGUGAGCGAUGGAGGACCAGUUUGAUUGAGCACUAUGGUGGAAAACCAGAUGCGCAACAAUACGUGCCUCAGUGUGAGCCAGAUGGACAAUUCAGUCCAGUCCAGUGUUAUGGAGGGACUACUUACUGCUGGUGUGUGGACCAAGAUGGGCGGGAGGUUCCUGGUACCCGAUCACAUGAUGUCGUCAAACCUGCAUGCCUUCCCUCAGUGGCUCCGCCCACAGUGCGCCCAUUGCCCCGCCCAGAUGUGACCCCUCCGACAAACACUGACGUCACACUGCUGUACGCUCAGGGACAGAAAAUAGGAGCGUUGCCUCUCAACGGAACCAGACUAGAUGCAACCCGGUCCAAAACACUACUCACUCUACAUGGUUCCAUCGUUGUUGGUAUAGCCUAUGACUGCAAAGAAAACCACGUCUAUUGGACAGAUUUGUCUGCAAGAACAAUCAACAGAGCUUCAAUGGCGACGGGUGCUGAGCCUGAGAUACUCAUUAACACAAAUCUGGUCAGUCCAGAGGGUUUGGCGGUGGAUGUCAAACGUAGGUUGAUGUUCUGGGUCGACUCGAACCCUGACGUGAUUGAAAGCGCCAACCUGGAUGGCAGUGGGAGGCGGACGCUGUUUGACACAGACUUGGUCAACCCUCGAGCCAUCAUAGUGGUCUCUUCCACCGGCACUCUGUAUUGGACAGAUUGGAACCGAGAGGCUCCUAAGAUCGAGAGUUCGUCAGUGGACGGUCAGAACCGCAUGGUGGUGGUGUCUGACGGGAUCGGUUUGCCAAACGCUCUCACGUUUGACUCUUCUUCUGGACAAGUCUGCUGGGCCGACGCAGGUACAAAGCGUUUAGAGUGUGUAUCCCCGGAUGGUUCAGGCCGAAGAGUGGUCCACCCCAGCCUCAACUACCCGUUCAGCAUGGUCUACUACAGGAACCACUUCUAUUACUCUGACUGGAGGAGGGAUGGAGUGAUCGCAGUGAGCAAAGACAGCAGUCAGAUCACCGACGAAUACCUGCCUGACCAGCGCUCUCACCUGUACGGCAUCGCCAUUGCAACCACCCACUGUCUAUCAGGGAGCCACUAACAGCGGACUGGCAGCUGCAGGGUACUUUGGUGCUAAAGUUCUGGGCGAUUACUGAUCAGAGGGCAGGACCAUGUUAAGAAGCUCCCUCUCCAGUGUCACUCAGAAGAAAAGGAAACUCAGUAGGGCGCAAGAUGGCUUCCUGUUGUCAGAUCGACCGUCAGAGCAAAUUUACAACCCCCUCCACUCACCCUGACCCCAUUAUCUCACCUUAAAGAUAUAACCCCAAAAUAAAUGUUUUGUAAAUUUGUUUUAUACCUCAUUUUUAGUUUUUUUUCUACUGUAUUUUUGUAUGCAAGUUGUUUUUUCUAUUGAUUUAAAGCUAUAGUACAAUGAAAUCAGAUUUUAAAAAGUAUGCGUGUGCAAAUUUUUUCUUUAAAGCCAAAGAAGAAUCACUUGAAGAGCUUUCCAACUGUUGGAGCCAACGUUCUGUUGUGAAACUGAGAAUCAGAUUUCCUUUUGGUCAGCAGCUGGCCACAGUGGCUUUUUAAAUACAGUCAAAUUAUUUAGCUGUGGAUUCUGGACAAAAAUAAAAACCUGCAAAAGGAAUAGUUUAGUGUUUGGGAAAUGUGUUAUUUGCCUUCUUGAUGAGUUUGAUGAGAAUGUUGAUACCACAGAUAUGACAGUGGUAGAAAUCUUCUCAUCUAACCCAAGG